AUUAAAAGUUAUCCAGUAUUUCAAACUCGAAAAAAUGCUCGAAAACCUCUUUUGACUGUGUCGGCUGUUUACGAUAGAGCAUCGGAGGCUUUAGGAAUUUCACGCACGACUGUGCAAAGAAUCAGUUCUAGAGGAAUCGUGAAAGAUGAAGAACAAAAAGCAGCAACAAGUCACAGAAUUGCUUUGUCCCGUGGAAUUCCUGCUUAUAAGAUACAUGAACAUACAAUUAGAACACGUAUUUAUUCAAUGUAUGCUGCAGGGGAACAUAUUACAUUACAAACUUUGCAAGCAAACCUUCAAAACAUUGAUGAUGUUCAGUUGUCUCUGACUAUGUUGGGGAAAGGACUUAAAUAUUUGCAGUUUAGAUGGCAAAGUUGCAAGCAUUCUAACAGGAAGUAUUUAAUGGAGCAGCCAUAUAUUGCACAGAAGAGACUGCAAUUUUUACGACAAUAUAAAGAAAAUCAAAUCUCUGAUUGUUCUUUCAGACCAGUAUUUCUUGAUGAAACCUGGAUUUACAGUAAGGGUGGAUUUAGAAAGAGCUGGCAAGAUGGCAGUCUACAAACAGUUCGUAAAACAUCUGGAGAAGGAGUAAGGUAUAUUGUAUUGCAUGCUGGGUCAGAAGAUGGAUUUGUGGAGAAUGCUAGCUUAGUUUUCAAAUCAGGCACUAAAUCGGGUGACUACCAUGAUUCAAUGAACUCGGCAAAUUUUGAAAAGUGGUUUGAAGAACAAUUAAUUCCAAAUUUAGAUGAACCAUCUCUGAUUAUAAUGGAUAAUGCUCCAUACCACAGUACCCUUUUCGAGAGAACUCCAAAUCAGAGUUGGAGUAAGGAAUCCCUGAUUAAUUUCUUGCAAGAAAAGGGAAUCCAAUCACCACCUCUGGCAAUGAAAGAUCAGGUUUGGAAUAUUGUCAAGCAGAAUGUUGCACCUAAGAAAUACAAGUAAGUCAACAAACAGUCUUAUUACUUUGACAUGAAUGCAAUUGUAUAUGCGAUAUGUUGAUUUAACAUUAUAACUUUAUUCCAUUGCAUUUAUUUGGUUUGGUUUGGUUUGGUGUGUUGAGACUUCCUCCAUAUCAUUGUCAGUACAAUCCCAUCGAAAUGGUAUGGUCAGAAUGCAAGCGCUACUAUGAUGCCAAGAUUAGUGCCAUUCAUCCUGUUACAAGUGAUGCAGUAUUAGGUCUUUGGAAAGAAGCACUUGAGAAGGUUACACCAGAGAAAUGGAAGAAUUAUAUCAGACAUACCAAUAGCAUAAUCGAUAAAGCCUGGGCCCAAGAACAACUGAUUGAUGCCUCCGAUAUUCUACCUGUAAUUAUCGACACGAAUGAUUCCGAUUCAGAUGAGGACAAUUAUUUAACUGAGGGA